AAAAAAGACACACCGGAUAUGUGUUAGCUAGAGCUAGUAUGAGAUGGUGCUAGCAAGGCCAGUGAAACUUGUUUUCUCCAUCAGAAUAGUCACGAAUAGGUGCUCUACACAUUCUUUAACCAAUGUAAAAUACUUUGAAAUAACGGCGGCCAUUCUUCGCAGUAAAAUGGCCAUGGACACCAACUGAUGUAGAACUGGAUGAGAACACAAGUCUACACAUAGACCCACUGGUCUACUAGCUUAUAUCUGCCCUAGCUUCUAUGUCUGCCUAGAGACUUAAAGAUGAACCCUCUAUUCUAUGCUGGGAUCAUCAUCCCAACAGUCAUCACCAUUCUGCUCUUUUGUAUUUUUAUUUACUGCUGGUUCAUACAAAAAGCUAGGAAGGAGGUUCUGACAAAAAAGUUUGACCCCCAUGGGAAGAUGCGGGACAUGGGUCUAUCCGUGGAGUCCCAGACAUUUUACUAUCAGAACGGUAAAGACAAUGGGGGCUAUGUCGUCAGUCCAUCAACAGAGCAACAGGCACAAAACAUGUGUCACCAUGACAACAGUACAGAAACUGGUCAAACUUUGUGUCACCAAGACAGCAAUAUAUCAGCUGGCACUGUCCACAUGUAUCACCAUGACAACAAUACAGCAGCAGCUUCUGUUCAAAACAUGUGUCACCAAGACAGCAAUAUACCAGCUGGCACUGUCCACAUGUAUCACCAUGACAGCGAUAUGGCCAAUGGGCAUGUACAAACUAUAUAUCACCACAACAUACCAGGCGCUCCUAUCCAAACCAUGUAUCACCAUGAGAGCCACAUACCAUCAGCUGUCCAAACUACGUAUCACCAUGAGAGCCACAUACCAUCAGCUGUACAAACCAUGUAUCACCAUGAGCACCACAUACCAGCUGCCCCACCCCAAACCAUGUAUCACCCUGAUGGCUACACGCCAGCCAGCCACAUGAGUGAGAAUCAGAUGCACUCUGUCUUCACUUGUUCCAAUUCUUCAGCUUUCCUACCAGGCCCCAGCCAAGAAAUGGAGAUCAUGGUCUCCGCCCACCCCUACCACGGCGUCUGUUACGGUGACUGCACGUCCCCGGAUCUGAACCCAGGACGGGGGCUCUACCCUCACGACCAGCCUCCCCUGAGCGAGGACGCGGAGUUCUACCAGCUCUACCACCUAGUGGAUGUGUCCAACCACCUGGCCAGGUUCAGCCAGCUUGACCGCAGGCCAGUGUACUCGUCUCAGCCCAGCUACCACUGUGGUCAUCAAGCUCUCCCUCCCCUCAACUACCCCGCCAGACAAGGCAGUGUGGGGAACCUGGAUGCCUGUCGGUCCGCUGACCACUGUCCAGACACCAGCCAUCGCCCAGACUCCCUCUUGUCACAUUCCUCCAGCACAGACUCCCAAGACUCGGGCUUCCCUAGCUCAGUGUGCACCACCCACGACAAAAACGCUCAGGUCAUUAAAAAAGACAAGAGGACCCCACCCGCGCAGGAAAUACUUAACGCCCAGCACCUUCAUGCCGCAGGUCAGGGGUCGGGCCAAAGGAGCUGGAUCCCAACCACGGGGUCAGGUUAUGUGCCGGGGUCCCACUACAGAAACUCAGCUCAGCCCGCCACAAGGUCCCACCCAAACAGCCCCGGGACCUCCAGACUUAAAUUCACGCAGGAUUUGUGUGAGUACUCAGUGGUGUGAGUUAUAGGGUAGCUAUGACAUGCCAUAGACAUUUAUUGACCUAGUGUAAACAGUGGAUACAAUCACUGAUGUAUCAUGGCCAUUCAUCAACCAUAUGUGGAGUUGAAUGAGAAUAAUCUGUGCUUUAAGUGGAUAUCCAGCAGAGCAAAGAACUUAAUAUUCUUACAUUUACAUGUUUAGUGUGGAUAGCUAGCUUACAUAUGGAUACUGUGAUGCAAAAUGUGGAUACCCCAAUACCAGUAAUAUAUGUGGUUAUGUUGUACAUUUUUUUAAGCCUAGUGAUAAAGCUUAUGUAAAUAUGUAUUGAAUAUGUUAAUGUGUUAAUUUAUAAUUAAGUUAUAUGCAGAACAUGGUAGGUUUUAAAUCCUCUCAUCCUGGGUGUAUCAAAAAUGUGUACAUAAACCAUUUUUAACAUAGAUGAUUUACCGCAUUGUUAACAUUUAACUUCUUUUCCCCAACUAAACCUUGUAUCUGACACAUUAAUUCCCCAAACUAAACCUUGUAUCUGACACAUUAAUUCCCCAACUAAACCUUAUAUCUGACAUUAACCACCUGCUCUUUUUCUAUGCCACAGAAAUAGCUCUUUUUCCUAGAAACUGUACUAUUUUUUUAAGCCCAUAUUACCCUUUGUUACAGUUCUUAAAUGUGCAUUAUUCUAAGUCAGCAUUUUUCAUUGUGCCUUAUUUUGGCUGUACCAUUUUGGCUGUAUAUCAUGUGUUCAUAGAAAUACCUCUUUGCGCUGCUUAUUGUUGAUACAACGUAUCAUAAUGAUAGAAGUCAUCUUUUUUUGUAUAACUAUUAUUUGU